UGUAACCUUAAAAAAAACAAAAGCAAAAAGAAGUGAUAAAUUGAAGGCGUGAAGAACGGAGUUCAUCAAUGCCUUCUCCCAUGGCGAUCAACCCCAAUUCUAGGGCUCGUACAGUCCUCCAACCUCUCUCCAAUUUCCACCUCACUCCACCCACUACUUCAUUCCGAUCUAUUGCUCUUUACAAUCUCUCAAAUUCCCAAACUCUCAUUUACCUCGGAACCAACUCCGGCACCCUUCUUUUACUCUCUGCAAACCCCGAUCACUCCAAACUCUCUCUCCUUCGUUCCGUUACAGUCAACGAUGGUUCAUCGGUUGAGUCCGUACAGGUUUUUGGUGGAAUUGGGAAAGUUAUUGUUCUUUCCGGUGAGUUUUUGUAUCUGUACGAUUCGUUUUUGUUGCAACCCUCGAAAAGAUUGAGUUUUUUGAAAGGGGUUAGGGUUUUUACUAAGCGGAUGAGAAGUAGUGAAAAUAAAUUGAAUGGGUUGAAUUGUGAAGGUAGUAAUGCUUUUGCUGUUGUUGUUGGUAAUAGAUUGGUUUUGGUUGGGAUUGAUUCAAAUGUUGAUGAGUUAAAUGUUUCUUAUUCGAUUCUUAAGGAUUAUCAGUGUAUUGAUGGGAUUUCGACUAUGGUUUGGCUUAAUGAUUCGAUAAUUAUUGGUACUGCUAAUGGGUAUAGUUUAGUUUCUUGUGUUAGUGGACAGAGUGGUGUGAUAUUUUCAUUGCCUGAUGUUUCUAGUUCGCCAAAGCUUAAACUUUUAUGUAAAGAUUGGAAUGUGCUAUUGCUGGUGGACAAUGUUGGUGUGGUAGUUAAUGCUGAUGGGCAACCAGUUUCUGGGAGCAUUGUUUUUCGGUUAGACCCGGAUUCGAUUGGAGAGGUGUCUUUAUAUAUUGUGGCUGUUAAAGAUGGAAAGAUGGAUUUGUAUCAUAAGAAAUCGGGUACUUGUAUUCAGAGAGUUAGUUUUGGUGGUGAGAGUGUUGGUGGGCCUUGUAUUAUUGCAGAUGAGGAAGAUUCGGAAGGGGAACUUUUUGUUGUUGCAUCACCUACCAAGGUUAUGUGCUAUCGGAAAUUGUCUCCCGAAGAACAAAUUAAAGACCUUUUGAGAAAAAAGAACUUCAAGGAAGCUAUUGCAUUAGUUGAGGAGCUUGAAUGUGAAGGUGAAAUAACAAAGAACAUGGUCUCCUUUGUACAUGCUCAAGUGGGGUUUCUCUUGAUUUUUGACUUGCGUUUUGAGGAAGCAGUGAAUCACUUUCUGCUCUCUGAUAUCUUACAGCCUUCUGAAUUGUUUCCAUUCAUAAUGCGAGAUCCAAAUCGAUGGUCAUUACUGGUUCCAAGAAACCGGUAUUGGGGUUUGCAUCCUCCCCCUGCACCUCUGGAAGAUGUUGUAGGUGAAGGAUUGUCAGCUAUCCAAAGGGCUAUACUUCUUAGAAAGGCAGGAGUGGAAACUUCAGUUGAUGAUGAUUUUCUUUCAAACCCACCAAGCCGAGCCUAUAUAUUGGAGUCUGCCAUCAAGUCAAUGAUUAGGUACUUGGAGGUUUCUCGCAAUAAAGAGCUGACUCCAUCAGUAAAAGAGGGAGUUGAUACACUAUUAAUGUACCUCUAUAGAGCUAUAGAUAGUGUGGAUGACAUGGAGAAGUUGGCAUCGGCUGCAAACUCUUGCGUUGUGGAGGAGUUGGAAACUCUAUUAGGUGAUUCUGGGCAUUUACGGACACUUGCUUUCCUAUAUGCAAGUAGAGGAAUGAGCUCUAAGGCACUUGCUAUUUGGCGUAUUCUUGCUCGAAAUUAUACUUCAGGCCUUUGGAAAGAUAAUUCUCUGAAGAGCAGCUUAGAUGAUAGUGGUACACAGGUUCUUGCUGGUAAGGAGACUGCUGCUGCUGAGGCAUCCAAGAUUCUUGAGGAGUCAUCUGAUGCAGACCUUGUUCUUCAACAUCUUGGAUGGAUUGCAGAUAUCAAUCAGGUUUUCGCAGUUCAGAUUUUAACGUCAGAAAAACGAGAAAACCAACUUCCUCCAGAUGAAGUUAUUGCAGCUAUUGAUCCGUCGAAAGUAGAGAUAUUUCAAAGGUACCUUCAGUGGUUGAUUGAAGAGCAAGAUUCUUGUGACACUCGGUUCCAUACAUUAUAUGCACUUUCCCUCGCCAAAUCAACGAUUGAAACCUUAGAGGUAGAAACAAGUUCUCAGAACUCUGAUGCUGGAAGGAUAGAGGAGACAACAGUUUUUGAUCCCAGAACAAGUUUUAUUUUUGAAACUCCUGUUCGUGAAAGACUCCAAACAUUCUUACAGUCUUCGGACUUGUAUGAUCCAGAGGAGAUCCUUGAUUUGAUUGAAGGAUCAGAGCUUUGGUGGGAAAAGGCGAUUCUUUACAAAAAGCUAGGGCAAGAGACAUUGGUGCUACAGAUCUUGGCCUUGAAGCUGGAAGACAGUGAAGCUGCCGAACAGUAUUGUGCUGAUAUUGGGAGACCCGAUGCCUACAUGCAGUUGCUUGAUAUGUAUUUGGAUCCACAAGAUGGUAAGGAGCCUAUGUUUAAGGCUGCUGUUCGCCUUCUCCACAAUCACGGAGAGUCUCUGGAUCCAUUACAAGUCUUAGAGAGAUUGUCUUCUGAUAUGCCUCUUCAACUUGCCUCUGAAACAAUAUUAAGAAUGUUGAGAGCUCGGCUCCAUCACCAUCGCCAAGGACAGAUUGUGCAUAAUUUAUCUCGUGCUUUGCACACUGAUGCAAGAUUGGCGAGAUUAGAAGAAAGGUCAAGGCACGUGCAGAUCAAUGACGAGAGCCUUUGUGAUUCGUGUCAUGCUCGCCUUGGAACAAAACUCUUUGCUAUGUAUCCAGAUGACACCAUUGUCUGUUACAAGUGUUUUCGUCGACAGGGAGAAUCAACUUCAGUUACAGGUCGCGAUUUUAAGCGAGAUACACUAGUAAAACCAGGCUGGCUCGUGACUAGAUGAUUCGGAGAAAUUAACAAUAUGAUCAAAGGAAUUUCAAAGUCAAAUGCCAGACUUGUCCACCUUUAGUUUGUCGUCUUUUCUCAAGCUCGGGAUCAGGAAUUUCAGACUUUAACAGACAAGAGAGGACCGUGUCGAAGCUCUUCAGUCAAGAUUAUGCAAAGCUCAAUGUAGUUAUGUUCCUGCUGUUGUGAAAGUAAAUAACCGAGAGCAGGAGAAACCGCAGAGCAAUAAGUCGUAGAGAAACAAAGGUGCGAUUUUUACUCGAUAUAGUAAAUCUAGAUAAAGAUGUACAUUUGAAAUUCAUUUGGUUUUUCAUGUGCAUAUAAUCAGAACUAAUUUACUAGACAUGACAUUGCAAACUAAGUUAUAGAAAAUAUCUCUAGACAGCAUUCUGUACAGUUCGGCGGCUUAUCUAUUAUCAGUUAAGAUGUGAGUUUUUUAAUCUGUAAACAGUACACAACUUAUUGACAAAAUUUGUUCAAUAUAAAGUGUUGAAAUUUAAUAAUUUUGUGGCAUAGAAGAACUAUCCAUUUUGCCAAAUUUGGUUUCUUGAA